CUUUCAGAUGUCUCUUGUUUUCCAGUUGAAGCUUGUUACUGUUCUGCAAGAGCUACUGACAGUGUAAAUUCUGAAGUUAGGAGGGAGAUGCAUUCAGGCAAUUUACAACAGAGCCUCUGACACAGCAAGAGUUUGAAAGCAGAGGGGUCGGUGAGUUUUUUAAGAGCACCCUUGGUGUUACAGAGAACUGAGACAUUGAGUGAGACCAGGUGGAGACUGUCAUCAAACUGGAUACAAGGAGUGUCAGUGUCAGGGGAACACAGAGCUCGGGAAGUCUGAUCACAGAGAGGCUGCACUCGUACCCUGGAAUAUCAGUGAGUUUUCAACGCUUGUGGACUGCGGCUGCCUGGCUGUCUGUCUCUUUAUCCUUACAGACUGUGACUGGAGCUUUGGAAACUAGGUGACAGGUCUGUCCCCUGAGGGCGAGCAGCCAUGUGGUGGUUCCAGCAGGGAAUGAGCUUCUUUCCAGCUGCCCUGGUCGUCUGGUCAGCGGCUGCCUUCAUCUUCUCCUUCGUUACAGCCACCCUGCUCCGGCACGUUGACCCCUUGGUGCCUUACAUCAGUGACACUGGCACAACUCCACCUGAGCGAUGUGUGUUUGGGAUCAUGUUGAGUAUUUCUGCUUUCCUAGGUUUGGUGACAAUGUAUGUGCGAUACAAACAGGUAGAGGCUCUAACCCAGGAAGAGGAAAGCAUCAUCAUCAGACUGAAUAGGAUAGGCCUGUUCCUGGGUCUUGCUAGCUGCCUGGGGCUCUGUAUCGUAGCAAACUUCCAGAAGACAACGUUAAUUCAGGUCCAUAUCCUUGGUGCCGUGCUGACAUUUGGGAUUGGGAUCAUUUACCUGUUGCUGCAGACCAUAAUUUCCUACAUGAUGCAGCCACUCAUCCAUGGAAUUGGAAUCUUCUGGAUUCGGUGUGUUCUCUUAAUCUGGUGUGCAGGGAGCAUAGUCAGCAUGUUUAUCUCCUCUGUCACUCUGUACUCUAUGAUCCCCACCACGGACAUGGCAAUGAAGCUGCAUUGGAACCCAGCGGAGAAGGGCUACAAAUUGCACCUGGUCAGUACAAUCUCCGAAUGGUCUCUUGCCUUCUCCUUCCUCAGUUUCUUCCUGACAUACAUCCGAGAUUUUCAGAAGAUCACCUUGCACGCUGAAGUGGAUUUGCACAGUGACACUCUGUAUGACAGACUCCCGGGACACAUGCAUGUCGGCGAGCACAGUCCACUCCUUGCAGGCAGCCUGUGACCUGAAGAGGCAUGGACACAGCCCCUGACUAAGACCGCAAGCUCAUCCUUCAAAUCAGCCUUAAGUGCCUGGCUCCAGCCUCCCAACAACUGGCGUCUUUUAACUUGAUUUUUUUAAAAACCUGUUUGUAUGUCACUCAUGGACUGCACCUCUGAAUGAAUCUUUACAUCUGUUUUGUAAGAUAUUAAUUCAAGACCAUUUACACUUUAAUAAUGAACAAGAUGUAACAAUUA